AGAGGGGCUCAGCUCAUAUCCUUGCUGGUCCUCUCAGCAUCAUCCUUUCGUCUUUCUCUCUGCCAACCAUACAUCAUCACACCGCUUCCUGAGAGAGAGAGACGUUCUUUUGUUUUGGUUUUGAAGGAGAAGGAGAAAAGCAAAAGGGUGAAAGGGAAGAAUACCUGACGUGUUUGCCUCAGCUACCAGCAGCAGCGGGAGUCCCUCUAAACCUAUACACCUACCCACCCACCUACCUACCGACUCGGGAGCCGCCUGCAUCCGAUAAGAGAUCUAGUCCACAGAAUCAAGUGUGGAGGGGAGGGGGUGUGGAGAAAAGAAGACGAAUUGGAGAGAGAGAGAGAGAAGAGACAUCGAGGGAGGGGAAAAGGUCAGGGACGCGAGGGGGUUAUCACACUGCCAGAAAAAAAGGAGAGUGUCUAGAAACGGAUUGGCAGACGCAACCAAGGAGACGAAGUGAAAUAAACCAGCAACCACCGCUCCACCACUGACUGAUUUUUUUUUUCCACACGGACUACUGUAGAUUCUUAAACAUAUCCAAGCUCCUCCAGACACAGUCGCUGUGCUUUGGUGAAGUCCAGGCGACACAGACUGAAUUUUGGACCGCGCGUAAUUUGGAGAGUUCAUUGCCGCGCUGCGUCAGGAUGCGCUUCUGUCCGCUACUAGUCUUCCUCUGCCUCCUGUGCGCUGGACGCGCUCAAAAGUUCUCUGCUCUCACGUUCCUGAGGGUGGACCAGGAUAAGGAGUGCAACACGGAAUGCAGUGGAGCUCCCCGCAAACCUCUAUGUGCCUCCGACGGCAGGACCUUCACAUCUCGCUGCGAGUUCCUCCGAGCCAAGUGCCGCGACCCCCAGCUAGAGGUCAUCCGAGGGCCGUGCAAAGAUACGUCCAGAUGUGUAGCAGAGAAGAAGUACACCGAGCAGCAGGCCAAGAAGCUCUUCCCGCAGGUCUUUGUGCCUGUAUGCAACCCUGAUGGUACAUAUAGUGAGGUUCAGUGCCACAGCUACACUGGAUACUGCUGGUGUGUCACACCCAAUGGCCGACCCAUCAGUGGCUCAGCAGUGGCCAAUAAAAAACCUCGAUGCCAAGGAUCAAAACAAGAGAGGGCUACCACAAGAGAGCCAGGUAAAGCAGUCUCCUUGCAAAUAUUCUCCAUUCUAAAUGCAGAUGAGACCGGCCUAGUGGUGGAUCCGCAGCCCGCUGCAGACGAUGAAGACAUCAUUUCCCAGUACCCCACUCUGUGGACAGAGCAGGUUCGCAGCCGACAGAACAAUAGAACCAGAGCACCAUCCUCAUCGUGUGAUCAAGAGCAGCAGUCUGCCCAGGAAGAGGCGAGGCAGCACAAGAACGAUGCUGUGUUCGUACCAGACUGUGCCCAUGGAGGACUGUACAAGCCAGUCCAAUGCCACCCCUCCACCGGCUACUGCUGGUGUGUGCUUGUGGACACUGGACGGCCCAUACCUGGGACCUCCACCAGGUAUGAACAGCCAAAGUGUGACGGCAAUGCCAGGGCCCACCCAACUAAACCUAAGGACCAUUACAGGAGCAGACAUCUCCAGGGCUGUCCUGGGGCAAAGAAAACAGAGUUCCUGACAAGUGUUCUUGAUGCGCUGUCGACAGACAUGGUGCACGCCGUCACAGAUCCUGCAUCCGCCGGAAGGAUGGCUGAGCCUGACCCCAGCCACACCCUGGAAGAGAGGGUGGUCCAUUGGUAUUUCAGUCAGCUGGACAAAAACUCCAGUGGGGACAUCGGAAAGAAGGAGAUCAAGCCUUUCAAACGCUUCCUGCGCAAGAAAUCCAAGCCGAAGAAGUGUGUGAAGAAGUUUGUAGAGUACUGUGACAUCAGCAACGACAAGGCGCUGUCUCUGCAGGAGCUGAUGGGCUGCCUUGGGGUCACCAAAGAAGAGGGGGCCAAACCAGGAGAAGGCUUAUCUUCCAGUAAACUAAAUCAGCCGAAGAAGCAAGGCUAAGCCCGCAACUGAGAUUUCCCCUCCCGCACGGAGAAUGUGCCCUCACCAAUCGGCAAUAAUGGAAACCAUAGUAUUUGCACUUUGUACUUUAAAAAGAAAUGUAAAUUCACUUUGUAGAAAUAAGGUAUUUAAACAGACUGCUGAAUCUGUGAAUGAUGUAGUUAGCUUUUUAUGUCCUGACAAACAAAAAUUAUUUUACACAUACAAUGUAUGUGUCCUUUGUGUGUCUAAAAAGUGUAACUUUCAGAGUUGUACAAGUUUUAAUGCUUGAUGUUAAGUUUUUUGCCCCUUCCCCUAUUGUACUUUUCAUGUCAUAUUGAUGAUGUUGAUGCGGAUAUUUGGUACACUGCUACAAUAAUUUCAAUCAUUCCAUCGCCCAUGUCCUCACCUAUAGCAUACCUUCCUGUGCUUUGUACAGCAGUUUGAAAGAAUGUCUUAAACAUACAUCAUAAAAACGUCCCACAUGUUCACAUGUAUUCAUGUUUAUUAGAAAUAAAGAACUCUUUUAUACAUUC